CGGGAGGCAGACGAUCUAGUUCGCAGGGAAAGAGCCCAGGAUUGCUGCGCAGUCAGUCGGACGCUAUCUAAGUCGGAGCAAGCAAGCGGCGGACUUCGGACUGGUGCAGUCCAGCAAAACUGCAGAACAGCAGCUCAUCCUCCAGAACUGAGUCCUGAACUACACAGGGAAGCACUGCUGUAACUCAAAGCAUCAGACAGGGACCAGCAGGAUGGGCUCGGCCUGCAUGAAAGUCACCAAGUACUUCCUCUUCCUCUUCAACCUGCUCUUCUUUAUCUUAGGUGCUGUGAUUCUGGGCUUCGGGGUGUGGAUCCUUGCCGACAAGAGCAGUUUCAUCUCUGUCCUCCAGGCCUCCUCCCACACACUCAAUGUGUGCUCCUACAUCUUCAUCAGCGUGGGCGCCGUCACCAUGCUCAUGGGCUUCCUGGGCUGCAUCGGCGCCGUCAAGGAGGUCCGCUGCCUGCUGGGACUGUACUUCGCCUUCCUCCUCCUGAUCCUCAUAGCCCAGGUGGCAGCAGGGGCCUUGCUCUACUUCAAAAUGGAAGAGCUAAAGCAGGAGAUUGGCGAGAUCGUGAUGAAACUCAUCCAGAAUUACAAUGGCAAUCAGGAGGACACUCUGCAGAGUACCUGGGACGAUGUGCAGGCUAAGGCGGAAUGCUGCGGCUGGGUCAGCUACCUCAACUGGACGUCCAAUGAGUGGCUCAUGAACAACACCAAUGUCACCUACCCCUGCUCCUGCAAGAUUCGGGAGAAGGACGAUGACAACCGUCUGGUCACCAAGGGCUUCUGCCAGGCCUCUAGUAACCAGACUCAGAGUGGCAAUAACCCGGAGGACUGGCCUGUGAACAAGGAGGGCUGCAUGAAGAAGGUACAGGAGUGGCUGAAGGAGAACGUGGGUGUCAUCCUGGGCGUGUGCGCGGGUGUCGCUGUCAUUGAGCUCCUGGGGAUGCUGCUGUCCAUCUGUCUGUGCCGGCACGUCCACUCCGAGGACUACAGCAAAGUCCCCAAGUACUGAGGUGGCGGAGCCCCAGCUGACCUCAGAGCUCCCCACCCCAGCUCCAGACCCAUAUCCCACUUCACUGCCAAGGGCCCUCUCCUGGCCAGCCUGGGUGGUCCAGAGCCCCCACCCCCCGUGUCACUGCCUUUCUGCUGCCAGCCUGGAGCCCCUGUCCUGUGGUCCUGGACCCUGCUGCCCACCCUCACCCCUGGGGGUCUCCUUAGCAAGUUGGAGCAAAUGUUCCUUGCUGCCUUCCUCAGGACCCUUGCUCCGGGAUGGGGUCGGGUCUGUGGGGAGCUAUUUUAAAAAUGGGGUUGGGGGGAACUGCCCCAUGGCAGGGGCUGUCCAGGCAGCUUUGAGCACUUCUCAAUGCUCAAUGUCUAUCUGUCUGUUUGUCUUUGGUUUCCACAUUUUCACUGGAGGAGAUGGGAUGGGGGCUCUUACCUGAGCAUGGUACCUGGGUCCCCAAUAUGAGCCCACUGAUUUCUUACUCCAGUAGCUCAGAGCAGCUGUGCUGCCCAGGGUGAUGGUCCUAGUGGCCGAGAUCUGGCCCAAGCGGUCCCAGGAACUAGGAUGUGGCCUUCCCCCCCC